CUUGCCAGGGUUCCCGGCUGCCUGUGCUCUGGGCCGUCCCUGCGGUUCCGCCUCCGCGACAGCAUUUUGGAUGAGUCUGGAACCCUUUAUUGAGCAUCCUAGAGAUUUUAACUUAGAUUGGAGUAUCAGAUGGACUUCCAGUGUGCAGAUCCCAGUUGCUAAUUCCAUACCACUACACAGCUAGCUACUUCCCUCCAUCCAUUUUGUUGAAAGCAGAGAAAAAAGAAUAUGGCACAGAUUUCAGAUCUAGGAUGGACCAGAAGAGAUCAUCCAUCUUACCUAAUUUUCUACCUUCAGACAUGUAAGGCUACCAGAACUGAGACAUGGAUAAAGAAGAUUUCUUAAAGGAGCAAGAAGAUGCACCUAACAAGACAGAUCAUGAAGCAAGCCCUGGUGAUCUUUUGCAGCCUGAACUCUUCCAGGGAAGACAUCCCCAAUGCCCCACUGCCCUGUGGGAGAUGCUAGAGAGGCAGUUUCUGGAAUAUGCACAGGCAGCCCCUUUCCUCAACCCAGAGACCCAGCAGAGGACUUUGUUGAGUCUUCUCCCUCUAUUUCUCAAGGCCUGGGAAAAAUCUGCUGGUAUUAUCUACUUUCCUAGCAUUCAAGAGUUUGCAGAAGAGGUUUCAAAACAUCUUGCCCAAGAAAUUCACAAGGCCCUUAGAGGCAAACCAGCAGAGGAGGCGUGGUUGGCAACUGGAAAGCUGUUCCAGUGGAAAGGGGAAGAAGAAAAUAGUGGCUACCUCCUAUUAAAAUCAGGGUAUUUACUUUCUCAGGCUGACUCUGAGACACUCAGCAAGAUCAUUGAAUCUGGUCUUCCACGUCUGCUAUUGCAAUGCCUUUACAUCUUUUUUGCUUUUCCAUUGGAUAAAGAUGAGUUGUUUGUGAGUGAUUCUCAAGUUCAGAAAAUGUUUGUACAGAUGAUGCUCCACAUUUACGAUGAUCCACAGGGUGUAGAAGAGCUGAUCCUUGGUAAUGAACUCCAGUCUCUUCUGAUUGCAACAUCCUCUCUUUGGGAGCAGAGCAGCCUCUCCUGGAAAGAACCCACCUUUUCUGUGCUUAGGGCCAUCUCAAAGGCUCAGAGUCCAAGUAUCAUCAGUUAUCUGCAAACUUCGAACUCGGUGAAGAUUACCAUCCAGAAUCUCUCCAGGUUGGUGGACACCUUGCGUCCCCAGGAAGUGAGUGAGGUAGCGAGCCUCAUCUUGCAUUUUGUGAAGGAUUCCUAUUCCAUUUCAUCUACUUUGCUGCUUGAGUUUGAGAACACUGACGGCUACCCCAUGUUGCUCAAAAUUUUGCUUCGGUUUGGGGAUAUUGCUGACAAUGGAGCAGAGCCCUACCUGGAAGAACUUUUGGAGCUGGUGAUGUGGCUCACCACCUGUGGGAAGACAGAGCUGAAGGUGUUUGACAGUGUCACCUACCCCCAGCUAGACGGCUUUAAGUUUGAGCAGGAGUCCUCCGGAACGACUGUGAAAAACCUCCAGGCCUUUCAAGUGUUACAAAAUGCCUUCCAGAAAACCAGUGAUUUACUUCUCUGCCAAAAAAUAUUAUCCAGCAUCAAAACAAUAUGGAACUGGAAUAGGAGGAACUUUUUCCUCUUGGAGUGGACGCUGCAGCCUAUUUCCCAGUUUGUGGAGAUCAUCCAUCUGAAGCCCCUCCUGGCUCAGAUGCAGUUCUUCCAGCUUCUGGAGUUUCUGGUGUUUGACCUGGUUUUCAUCCCACAUGAAAUUCUCAAGAAAGUGCAGAAUUUGAUCAGGGAAAACUUAGCACCAUCUUGUACCAUAGCGGCCUUACGGAGCCUCCACAGUAUCAUUGCACACGAUUUGCUCUUUACUGACAUAUUCAGGGACUCAGGAUUUCUAGGUUUCUUGUUGGCUCACCUACGGAAACAAGCAAAGAUCAUGAGGAAGACAGGAAACAGGGCGACAUCCAGUUUUGAGGAUAUAGACACACACUUGGCCUGUGUAAUGCUGAAAACUGUGGCUUUACUACUGCAGGGUUCUGUUCGAAAUACAGUUGUUCUGAAAGAUCAUGGCAUGGUUCCUUUUAUCAAGAUUUUUUUGGAUGAUGAAUGCUAUCGUAGUGAUUCUUUAAAUAUCUUGGAGCAGCUUUCUACCAUUAAUACGGAAGAGUAUAUGAGCAUAAUCAUUGGAGCCCUGUGUUCUUCAACUCAAGGAGAAUUACAUCUAAAGCUGGAUCUACUUAAGUCCCUCCUUAAAAUACUGGAGAACCCUAAAGGUCGUUCUGCUUUUAGAACCUCCAGUGGUUUCAAUGGUCUUCUGUCUCUCCUCUCUGACAUGGAAGGCUCUCUACAGGAACCCCCAUCACAGACAUGGGCCCCCCUCACCACCAGCCAGAUAAUGGAACUCAUCCUCUACACACUCUGGGCAAUGGCAGCAGCCCUACAUUUGGACUCAGUCAAUAGUGAAUUUUUCAGGAAAAAUAACUUGUUUGAGAAGCUGGCUGAAGACCUCUGUUUGCUGGGCUGCUUUGGAACUCAGGAGCAAGGGAAAAUCUCAGCAAAUUCCAUUAUCAUUGAGAAAGCAAGGACAUUUGAAGAAUUGUUAAAUGCUGCCUUUUCCUCUUCUGAGGAAUUCCCAUCCACACUAAAGAGCUGCCUUCAGAUUCUGAGUUUUCUUGAUAGUAUGGCCAGAGGCAUCCUCCACUUGGGGAAUGGGCUGAAGGAAUGGAAGCGAGCUCCAGAGGAACUGACCUUGGAUCUUCAGCAAAACAUGACUAUUCAACCUGAUGGAUAUUCCAGGACUGACAAGAGCAACUUCAAACCAUUCAUCAAAGUGUGGCCAGAAGUAGAUGACAGGAUGGAUGAUGCUGAUGCUGUCAUCAUGCACCCUGGCAUUGUCUGCAUCAUGCUCAGGCUCCUUCCUUCCUUGUAUCAUGAAGAUCACCCACAGCUUUCUAAGGAAAUUCAAUGUUCAUUGGCCAAUCACAUUCAAUCACUGGUGAAGUCUGAGAAGAAUCGUCAAAUCAUGUGUGAAGCUGGAUUGCUCAAGACCAUUAUCACAUCCUGUCAUAAAGUGUUAAAUGAUAGCAGUGACCCAGUUCACUUGUCCCUUAUUAGGAUUUUUGAGAAGCUUGCAUCUCAAGCCAUUGAGCCAGACAUACUAAGGCAAUUUCUUACCCUUGGGAUUCCUUCAGCUAAGGAAGCUGGAUGCAAAACAUUUAAUACAUCUCUUUCUCAAGGAGAUAGGUCAUAUCAUUCGGGAAAGAAUACAGAAUCAGGAGCACCUGGACCCUCUGAUACUGAUUGUCCUGCUGAAGCCAGCUCUGAUGCAAACCUUACAGUCAGCACUGUGCCAGCCUCCAGGUCACCUUGGAUAACCAAGAGCUCUGUUAAUAUUCUUCAGACAGCCAUGAGUCUGAUUUCUAUGACAUCACCACGAAACAUUCAUCCACAAAAAGCUACACUGGCUCCAUCGUUUGUGGAAUUUGACAUGUCUAUGGAAGGAUAUGGUUGUUUAUUUAUUCCUACAUUGUCAACAAUUAUGGGUGCCAAUACAGAACACUCAAUCUCUGGAGGCAUUGGAAUAGUCCCAAGGUUAUUUCCUCCCCUGAAUGGUUUUACAUUUUCCUCCUGGUUCCUGAUCAGCAAACCGAGUUCCAUCCAAAAUGUUCAUCCCAUCCGUUUCUUGACCUUGGUUCGCCACAUGGCCAGGACAGAACAUCAAUUUGUCUGCUUCUCAGCUAGUUUUUCACCUGAGGAUCUGACCUUAACUGUUUCUACAGAAGAAAAAGAGUUUGAGCCUCUGGAUGUUAUGGAACCUGAAGACAUACAUGAGCCUUCUGCUGGAAGUCGGCUCCAGUUCCACUGUGGCAACCUUUUGUCAGUUGGACAGUGGCACCAUCUGGCCAUUGUUGUCACAAAGGAAAUGAAAAGAAAUUGUACAGUUUCCACAUACAUCAAUGGACAACUCAUUGGAUCUGCAAAGAUGCUGUACAUCCAAGCCUUACCAGGCUCUUUCCUUUCAAUGGAUCCUUCAUCUUUCAUUGAUGUUUAUGGAUAUAUAGGUACUCCUCAAGUCUGGAAACAGAAAACAUCUUUAAUAUGGCGAGUUGGCCCUACCUACUUGCUUGAGGAAGCAAUUUCCAAAGAAACUCUGGAAGUUAUUAAUAAACUUGGCCCAAGAUACUGUGGCAACUUCCAAGCUGUGAAAGUCCAGGGUGAGGAUGUUGGCUGUGAAGCCAUGACUCUUGUUUUGGAGGAACGAAUUUCCUUUGGGCUUAAUGUAGCUAGUUCAUCCCUCACAAACGUGGCAGAGAUCAAGAAUAUUUAUAAUGAGGUUGAUAGCCGCCUGAUCGCCAAAGAGAUGAACAUUUCCUCCCGGGACAAUUCUAUGCCAGUUUUCUUGGUAAGAAAUUCUGCUGGACACCUUUCAGGUCCCCUUCGUACCAUUGGAGCAGUUGCUGUGGGUCAGUUAGGAGUAAGAGUGUUCCAUUCCAGCCCUGCUGCCAACAGCCUGAACUUCAUUGGUGGACCUGCCAUUCUCCUUGGAAUGAUUUCACUGGCUACAGAUGACCAUACCAUGUAUGCUGCCAUUAAAGUUCUCCACUCUGUCCUGAGCAGCAGUGCCAUGUGUGACAACCUCAUGAAACACAUCCAUGGAUACAAGAUAUUGACAUUGCUCCUAAAGAAGAAAAUAAAACUACUGAACAACAGAAUUUUUCAGCUGAUCCUUUCUAUUGCCGGCACUGUUGAGUUGGGCUUUGGAUCUUCAACAAUUACAAAUCUUGGCAUAUUCCAGGAUGUUCUCUGUAAUUUUGAGCUCUGGAUGAACACAUCAGAAAAUCUGGACGUUGCCCUCUUUUCUCAUUUCAUAGACAUUUUUCAGUCACCAAGGGAAGGAGCCCGGAAUGCUGAAAUUGCUCACCGGGUACAACUGAUACCCAGGUUGCUUUUCCUCUUUAAUGACCCCACUCUCAGUCCCACCAAGAUCUCCACCAUCAUUUCCAUUCUGGGUCAUUUGCUGAAGAGACAUUUCAACACCCAGGAUGUUGUUAGGAUUGGAUUAUUUAUUGUCUAUACUCUAAAACCUUCUUCAGUUAAUGAAAAGCAGAUUAGAAUGGACAAGAGUUCGGACUCCUUCAUGGAAGCCGGAAGCCAAACAUCUGGCAGAAUGAUCUGGCUCAGAAACCAGUUACUCGAGAUGCUGCUGGAUGUAAUCUGUUCCAACAAAUUUCAUCUGUCCUCAGAGUCACAGGAAGAAAUGUUUCUUAGCCUGGGACCUGAUUGGUUUUUGUUAUUUAUCCAAGAUCAUCUGCACCCAAGUACAGUGGUGUUAGGAAUUAAAUUGCUAUUGCACUUUUUGCACAACCCAACUCUAAGGGCCCAAUUUAAAGAUGGAUUAUCUGGGGGAGCCUGGGUGGAAAACAGCAUUUUGGGAGUGGAUAUUCUGAUGGACAAUUUAAAAAAUCAAUCUCCAAUGACCGAUUAUGGUUCCUGCCUGAUUUGUGGUUUUCAAAUAUUACCUACAUUUCUUAUCUGCCAUAUUCACAUUCCUGAAGUCUACCUCCUUGUAUCUAGCUUCUUCCUUCAGACUCCAUUGAAUGAAGUGACUGUAGAAUCCAAGACAAGUCUUGAUGCCAUGUUACAAUGGUUAUUACAGAAUCACAAUGGGGUAAAUGUCCUUAAGUUUGGCUUAUGCACAGAAGGUGCCCUGCUGCUAUUAGAGAUGAUCAAAGCCAUAAUGAACCUGCCUAUGGCAGGUUCAGAAGAAGAUAAUUGGAAUGUCACCUACCCUGGCAAUGUGAUGGAGUUCCUUUGUCUGAUAUACCACAACUAUCCUCAGGAUUCUGUAUGGAAGUCCUCCGACUUUCUCCAAGCCUUGGCUGCCAUUCUCUUCCCUCCAGAAAUUCCAAAGAGAAGGAGUGAAUCCUUAAGGAAUGACAAUGUCUUUUUGACUGCUGCUGAAGGAGUGGAGUCCCCUACAAGUCCUUCUAUUCACCCGGCCAAAAAACAAGUUUCUGAUUUCUUGAAGCUCCUUCUUAUGGAGAUCUUGCUCUGCACUCCAACACAAAAACAAUUGCAUCCAUUGGACUUCCUUCUUGAGGCUUCCCCAGAGAACACAACAAAUCAACAGAAACGACGCUUCCAAUCUGAGAUACUGCUUUCUGCUAUGGGUGUAUUUCACAUUCUAAGUGAAGGAUGCUGUGCUAUAAGUUCUGAUGGGACUAGAGAGUCACAACAGAGUUCAGAAUCGACUCCUUCAUUAGCAAACAUUUCCUACUUGACACAGAAACUGGUUGAAAAACUCUACAGUGGAAUGUUUAUUGCAGACCCCAAAGAAAUUCUUCUAUUUAUCACAGAGCAGAUCAUGGUGGUCAUUGAAAGUGCUUUAUCUCACAAGGAAGCUCUUCUUGGUGUCUUAUACAGCAGCUUAAAUAGAGUUAUUUUAUAUUGCCUGUCUAAACCCCAGCAGUCACUUUCUGAAUGCCUUGGUCUAUUAAGUGUUUUGAACUUCCUUCAAGAGCAAUGGGAUAUCAUCUUUGCAACAUACAAUUCAAAUAUGACCUUUGUCAUCUGCUUCAUGCACUGUCUUUUUCACAUUCAUGCAAGAAGUUAUCCAGAGGGAUUUGGACUAGAACCCAAACCUAGAGUGAGCCCUUAUCACCAGGUGUUCCUUUCUCCAUAUGAAGACAUGAGAGAGCCAGGCGAGGAAGGUCUUCCAAGUUUGAGCGACGUUCAACAUGGCAUUCUGAAAAUAGUCCUCAACCUCUGGCACCAGCUCUUGCAGCAAAGGCGGCAAGCACUAGAGGAUGCUUUCAAGAUGGACCUCUCUGUAAAGCCUGGGGAGAAUGAAAUAAAGAUCGAAAACAUCACCCCUUUGUGGGAGGAGACAACUCUCAAAGCUUGGCAGCAUUACUUAGCAUCUGAAAAGAAGAUGCUGGCAAGCAAGUCGAAUGCUGUGAAUCCAAGCAAAACCUCCAGCUGGAGCGAAAGUUUGUCAUCAGCAAUGAGGUUGAUUCCAGGAAGGCAAACAAAGGAAACUGAGUGCAAAGUUGAGGAUUUUCUGUCUUGUAUGGAGAAGUAUAGAAGAAGAGGCCAGGAGCUCUAUGCAUCUUUAUACAAAGAUUAUGUGCAGAGGCAAAAAUGUAUCUACAGUAAGGCAGCAAAUGAGUGGAUUAAACUGAAAGAUCAACUUUUCAAUGAAUUGGGUUUGUGGGGGCAAAGGUUAGAGACAGUACCCUGCUCCCAGUGGUCUCUUGAUUGGCGUGAAGGGCCAGCCCGUAUGAGGAAGAGAAUACGAAGAAAAUUUGCUGGGGAAUCCCUGAAAAAUAUUAGUCAAGCCAAAAAUAAUGAAGCUUCUCCAACAAAUGCUGAAAAUCAAGAUGAGUUGAUGUCAAAUGAAGAAGAAGAUAGAGAUAAGAUGGAAGACUGUAACCAGCUGACAUUCUUCCCUGCCUUGCACGAAAGCCAUCACUCAGAAGAUUUCUUGGAACUCUGUCAGGAGAGAAAAGUUAUUUUACAGGAGUUGGUGGACAAAGAAAAGGUAUCAGUGAAGCAUUCUGUGGUGAUUGUCCAAGGACAUGUAGUAUCAGAAGGAGUGCUACUCUUCGGCCAGCAACAUUUCUACAUCUGUGAGAACUUCACCCUCUCUCCUCUGGGGGAUGUUUAUUGUACCAAACACUGCUUGUCCAACAUCAGUGAUCCAUUUAUUUUCAAUAUGUGCAGCAAAGACAGACCUUCAGAUUAUUACACUUGCAAUCGACAUUCCUAUGGUGACAUUAAGGAGAUACAUAAGAUGCGCUUUUUGCUACAGGAGAUUGCCUUGGAAAUCUUCUUCAGAAAUGGUUAUUCCAAGUUUCUUGUCUUCCAUAACAGUGACAGAAGCAGAGCUUUCAAAAGCUUUUAUUCAGUACAACCUGGCUUAAAGGGAAAAGGCAUCACAGAAGACUCACUCAAUAUAAGGAAAAAUAUUGGAUCAGAGAAGAUGAUGCUGCAGAAAUGGCAGAAAAGAGAAAUAAGCAAUUUUGAAUAUCUCAUGUAUCUAAAUACUUUGGCUGGAAGGACUUACAAUGACUAUAUGCAGUACCCAGUGUUUCCUUGGAUUCUUGCUGAUUAUACCUCAGAGGCUUUGAACUUCACAAAUCCCAGGACAUUUAGGGAUCUGUCAAAGCCUAUGGGGGCCCAGACCAAAGAAAGGAAACUGAAAUUCAUCCAGAGGUACAAAGAAGUUGAAAAGAAUGAAGGAGACCUCUCAGUCCAGUGUCACUACUGCACUCACUAUUCCUCUGCAAUCAUCAUCGCCUCCUACCUGGUUCGAAUGAAGCCAUUUACCCAAACCUUCUGCUCUCUACAGGGUGGAAGCUUUGACGUGGCCGACAGGAUGUUCCACAGUGUGAAAAACACGUGGGAGUCGGCAUCCAGUGAGAACAUGAGUGAUGUCAGGGAACUGAUUCCAGAAUUCUUCUACUUGUCUGAAUUUUUAACCAACUGCAAUGAUGUUGAAUUUGGCUGCAUGCAGGAUGGAACUAUCCUAGAUGAUGUCCUUCUCCCAGCAUGGGCUGAGGGAGAUCCUCAGAAAUUUAUCAGCCUACACAGGCAGGCUCUGGAAAGUGACUUUGUUAGUGCCAACCUGCACCACUGGAUAGACUUGAUUUUUGGGUAUAAGCAACAUGGACCAGCAGCAGUGGAGGCUGUUAAUACCUUUCACCCCUACUUCUACGGGGACAAGAUGGACCUUCAUAAUGUCACCGAUCCCCUCAUUAAGAGUACCAUCCUGGGAUUUGUCAGCAACUUUGGGCAGAUACCUAAACAGCUCUUUACCAAACCACACCCAUCCAGGACUGCCCUGGGAAAACCGUCAGGAAAAGAAGUCUCUCUUUCCACUGGUCCAUCUGGCUAUUCACCACCAUUUUUCUGUACCCUGCAGAAUCUGAAACCUUCCCUCGUUACAGUCAAAGAUAUGUACAUUUUCCCCCUGGGAUCAGAGUCUCCCAAAGGAGCCAUUGGACAUAUUGUUCCCACUGAGAAAUACGUUUUAGCUGUGGAGAAAAACAAAGUGCUGAUUCCACCUCUCUGGACCAAGACCUUCAGUUGGGGGUUUGACGACUUUACCUGUUGCCUGGGAAAUUAUGGAUCUGACAAGAACCUGACAACAUUUGAAAGCACAGCAGACUGGGGGAAGUGUAUCUGUGCUGUGUGUCCCUCACCUACCCUGGUCAUAACUUCAGGAGAGAGUGCUGUGGUUUGCAUCUGGGAGCUUUCCAAGUUCAAAGACAAAGCAAAAGGGCUUCACUUGAAACAGGCACUGUAUGGGCACACAAAGCCUGUCACCUGCUUGGCAGCUUCCAUGACUUACAGCCUCCUUGUGAGUGGCUCCUGUGACCAGACCUGCAUCUUAUGGGACUUGGACCACCUGAUGUAUGUGACCCAGCUCCCCACCCACCGAGCAAGCAUCUCGGCCGUUGCCAUCAGUGAUUCCACGGGAGAUAUCAUCUCUUGUGCUGGAACCCACUUGUAUCUAUGGACCAUUAAUGGUCAGGCUCUGGCAAGUAUCAACACCGCCUGUGGGUCACAAGGAGAUAUCCAAUGCUGCUACCUGACAGAUGCCAUGGACUGGGAUGCCAGCAACAUCAUCAUCACUGGGAGUCGGGACGGCAUUGUCCGAAUAUGGAAAACUGAACAUGUAAAGACAUCUGGUCAUGGGGCAGGGCCCGAGGCACCCACAAUGCAGUCUCCAGGACAGAAAGGUAACAAGUGGGAAAAGAACCUGGCUUUGUGUCGAGAGUUGGACAUCAACAUUUCUUUGACAGGGAAAUCGAGUAAAACUAAUCCAGCCAUCACAGCACUGGCGGUAUCCAGAAAUCAGUCUAAACUCCUUGUUGGUGAUGAGCGAGGAAGAAUAUUCUGCUGGUCCAGAGAUGGGUAGGAAAACAUAGUGAGUAUGUAGAACUAUUGGAUGAAAAAUGCUUCUGGAAAUGCAGUCCAGGAUUACAACAUGCAUUGUUUCAAGAGACUAAAACAAAAUCAAUGGAAGUCCAAGUUGUAUGUAAUGCAUGAGUUCUAAGAGAAAAGAUAUUCAUUUUAACUCCAUUUAAUACUUGAAGAAAACUAUACCAAGAAUAUGAAGAUAUGAAAUCUACUGUUUUUCCCAAUGUAAUACCAAACUGUCUAUAAUGUUCUAUCCCUAUGAUAUAUAUCCUCUAUGGAGGGAAAAAUGAAAUGUGUGUAAAUGUGGAAUCAUUUUUGUGUUAUAGAAUGAAACCUAUAAUUCAUUGGAAUCCAGAAUAUGCAUCUGGAUUGCCCAUAGAUUAUAUGACUUCUGUAAUAGGGUUUUUUCUAAUAAAUAAAAUGUUGCUUU